ACUCCAUGUUCUGACACAAAACUCCCAGCAUGUUCCAAAGUCUGAUGUACUCUGGGGGUUUUAGUUUUCCUCUGCCCUUUGUUAUAGAGCCCCUUUUUCUAUUCACCCUUUGCUGAUGCAAACAGCACCAUUGCUUUCCAUCCCUUGCUGGUGAAGGCUAAUGGGAGUACUUAGGGAAUACAUGGAGGAGAUCACAAUACACAGCAUCGCUAAGGAAAGAUGGAAAGCGUUUGGAAUUCACAGUAUAUGAAAAUUGACCUUGUCUAUUUCUUAUGUUCUAUUUCUGCCACCUAAAGGCAGAAAAGAGUAUGAAUGGUUACUGAAAGAAAAUAAUCACUGCUAAGUGAAAACACACCCAUCUUUCAUCUAAAGAUUUCAAAGCCUUACAAGAACAGGACAUCACUUACCAGAGCAAGGAUUUCAGGGAGAUCCAAAUGACUCUGCUAUUACAAAGAUGAAUUCAUUUUGUUUUGCAACACAGUUCUGUCCUGAGGUGAGGUGAGUUCAUGCUUCAUCGUCAUCACCAUGACUAAGAGCUGUUCGGGUUCACUUGCACAGCACCAACCUCUUUCAUUAUAAGUUUGUUUCUUUCAGCCAUCAUCAGCACAGAUCCGAGAUGCAAUUACCCAGUGGCUUGUCUCAGCGUAGCAAAUUGGGUAUUCCUGUUUACUCUGAAAAUGUGAGACAGACUGGAUAGCAACAUCACAAAGCCGUUUCAGCGCUUGCGUGGAUACAAGCUUUUACAAGUACAUACAUCUGAAGUGCAGCGUAAUUUCAACUCUUCACUAAGAGCACCUCUGCAUCAGAGCAACAGUUCCCAUGAGAGACACUGAACAGAAGAAAUCCUGCACACAUUCUGCACUAGUUCUGAGUACGAGUACUUUCUAAAUUCCUGGACAUCCGUUAAGUCAAGGCCUACUUACAGAGUAAACUGUUCACCUUCAAAGAGAGUUACAUACAAAGACUGUGUUUUAUUUACAUUCUAAUCAGACAGUGAAAGCACAUGCAGGGAGAAGAGCCACGCUUGCUUUCUACAGCAGUGUAAAUUUAUCCCACCAUCUCCUGAUUCCUACAUAUUUAAAGUAGUAUUAAUAGACAAAAUCUUUGCAACAAAGGAUUUCUCAGGCAAGUUAACAGUUGGCAAAACAACAACAUCGAAAGGGAAAGACAGACAAGAACCUAACCCAGCAAAUGCUGUUAAAGUGGGUGUGUACGCUAAGGAGACAUGUAGCAACAAGGGAUGAAGGAAGCUACAGAGCAUUCACCCUGCAUCCAAACGUAUACAAGGAGCUGCACCCACUGGCAGCAUAACCUGAAAGUUUACAUGGAGAGAGGUUGGCAGAGCUGCCCAUCAUAAAUCAAUCAGAAAGGAACUGCUUUAAGUACAGUUAUUCACUUGGAACUUCCUGAUGUUGAUGGCCAUUUAUCUAAAAACACGGCAUAAGUACAUUCAGAAAGGGAAAAAAUGGCAAAGAUCCAGCAUGCUAUUUUUCCUAACGAGGAGGGGAAACAAGACAAGAAGUGCAAACCAAUCCUUCCUAAAGAGCAGGGCUGCUCGUAAGUAUGGCCGACCAAAGCUGUGUUUUGACCUCAUCUCCUUCCCCACAUGGCUACUGAAGACUUACCCAAAUUCUUAUACUUACGUCCUCCUCUUCAGUCCAUACUUCCUCAGUGCUUCACAUUUCCCCCUUUCUUAAAUAAACGGGACAGAAUAGGUUACAUCCUACAUCCUACAACUAUGGAAGAUGAUGAAAACCAUAUUUCCCAGCUAGGAAAUAUUUUUUCCAACCCAGGUUUGACUGGGCUGUAAGCUGAACAGUUCUGCCCCCAGCUGUGAGAAUCAAGAGGAACCAACUGAAGAAGUACUUACGGAUCCUAGAAAGCCUUCUUUAUAAUUUCUCUGCUCUCUAUGCAUGCUGAAACUUGCCUUAGAACAUGACCAGAGCCUUCUCAGUGAGUCCAAAUUCACAAUGGCGAGUGAGACAGGUCAGCCAUGCAGCUGUGAAUGGACAGCUGGUUUCCAGUUUGGGCUAGUUUUAGUAAUGUUUGUAGAAUAAGACUCAUAAAAGCUAUUUGAAUUUGCAAUGCUGAAGUGUUUGCAAAACAUAUCAGGUACCUGUUGAAUUUGGAAGCAAAAGAACCACAAGAUUCCCAGUUAAAUACAAAGCCUUGGAGACAGUUACUUGCAGGGGCCACAUUCCAAGGUUUCUGUUAUGCUGGUUAUGUAAAACUGCUUCUCUUUUCCUGGCUACAGGAAUAUGUUUUGGUCCUUUCCGUGUCAUAAAUCCAGGCUAAUUCCUGUCUUCACUGUGGAUGUAAUAUCAUGUUGGAAACAAGCACAAAAACUGUCCAGUGUAUGGAUUGGAGUAUGGAAGAGAAUAGGAAGAUGAGAAAUCUCCAGUAUGAUUUAGAACCCAGUAAAUGUAAUGAUUCAUCGCAGCAAUUUCCUGUUUGCAGUCAGCCAAAUUUUCCCACCUAUACAAGCGUUGAUCAGUUCUCUAGUGAGAACUGGGAAGGGAAAUACUUACUGAGGCACAGAAGAAUAUGUCUUUGGUUAAGAAUAAUUGUUACUCUUUGUGGCUGUCUCGUUGUUAGAGAGGUAAAUAAUCUUCCAACCCCUGAAAUAUCCUUUAACUGAUCACUUUCCUGGGGCAAACUGUUUACAGUCCACUAAGGAAGGGACUAGAACAAUGGUUCAUUACGUGUCCUUAAGGUUCCAAGACCUACAGAGAAGGAUGGAUUUCAAAGCAAUAAGAGCCUUGCUCUGUUAGCCCAGAUUAUGAGCAGCCAAGCAAAGAAAUGGGUCUGUUAGCCAUGCCUCCCCCUGUGUAAUCAUGUUUUAUGAUGCAGCAAUGCCACCAUAUUGGUACCUGACUCCACGCUCAUUUUACAAACACCAGACCUAGUUUUGAGCAUUGCCCGAAUAAUUCUGCCAAUAUUCCUAAGUCUGGAGUUGCAGCAGCACAGAGGAAAUGGAACACGAGAGUUGUGCAAGUCUGUAGGAAGAAAUCAGUACCCAAUUUAAACGAAAGCUGUUUGUAAUGCAGUUCUCAUAACUUGGUGCAGAAGGUCUGUCUGCUUCCUGGUCAGGCACAUAGAGGGUGAUUCCGCUUAGGAGUAAAGCUGGAGUGCUCUCCAAGACAUGGCUAAGGGAGCUGCUGCCAUGGAUGAGGUCUGCACCCUCCCAAACAAACCACUUGAGGGAAGUACCUGUUUCAGCUGAAGCAUCAUUGCCCUCUAGUAGGUGUGAGAACUGCAGGGUAUUUCCCAGGGACACGAGAGCAGAGUUUAAACCUGGCCCUGAGGUCUCCUUGUGACAAGGAAAUGGACUUCUGCAAGAAGAGGAUCCGUCCAAAUAGACUCUUAACGUGUCAGUAGUUGUGCCCAUCACUUACUUAAGCAUCCUUGCCAGAAAUGAAACAGGCAAAUCCUCACAGACAGAAACACCAAAAUCCCUAAUGGGGCAUGUCCUGAGAUUCUUUGAUGUAGAGCUGCUCUCUCUUCAUAGACUCGAAGCUACAUGGGGUGGGGGGGUGGGGGAGUGUUUCCUUAGCUGGAUCUUUGUGCUCAAGGGAAGAUGAUUUUGGCUUCUUGAAGGCUGUCAGUUCCAAUUCUGCAGAUUUGGAAAAACUGUUUGAUUUUUGUUUCUGACAAAGGAACCAACAGAACAUUUGCUUCUGGAUCCAGCACUCAGUUGCAGUCCACACUAUCAGUCCAUUCCUUUCCCUACCCAUGCUGUUUGCAGUAAAUCAAAUAGAUUUUCACGGUUUCUGCCUAAGGAAAUGCUCUUUUCUACUCGUGCUCAGUCUUUUCAUGGGAAAAGCCAUUUCUUCAUCGGCUGCUGCUGCUGAUCGUUGGGAAAGAGGGUGGGACCUCCGUGCUGACGUCCUUCGUGCCGCGCCUGACUAUAAAGAGCGAGGCAGCUCUGAGCCAAGAAACUCACAGGCAGUUUGCAGGGACUGCCUUCAUUCUGCAGCCACUGCAGCGUGCAACAGAAGAGGGAGUUGGGCCUACCCAUGAUGGGGAAUUAAAUACAACUAUCAUGUUCUCGAUGUGAAACUGGAUACUUGUUUCUUUUGCAGCUCUGGAAGGUUUUAUUCCCACCCUUCCUUUCUCAUCUCUCUUCUACGCACGCAGAAGUAAUGCUGCAAACAGCCUGCACGAGCCCUGAACUGCUGAUCAACCAGAACAUCACUGAAAAUGAAAGCUGUGGCUACAGCCCAGGCCAGGGAUCUCCACAGCCUGGGGAAACUGCCAGUCCCAAAAGGCAUUUUCAACAGAGCCCAUCGCUGCCAGACUCUGGAUUAACUGAACUUAAUGUUGCAAGCCCUGAGAUCUACCCAGCUCCUCCACAUAAACCUCCAGCGAUGUCUGCUCCCACUGACUCUACAGUGAGCUCGGAUCCCCCUCCUCGGAGGCGUUACAUGGGUGUGAGGGUGAAGAUGCCGGUGCGGGAGCUGCUGAGGAAGGUUCGGCUUUCCAGGGGGCUGCAGCCAGGUGCCAGCCAGGUAAGGGCUGUGGGAGGGCAGCCCUCGGAGCUGGGGCAGCAAGAAGCCACCCAUGAUCUGAAUAAUGCCCUGCAAUCCGUCCAAAGACUGAAGAAACAACAGCCCUUUGGCUAUUGCAACGCAGCCUUCCAAAAAGGCUGUGCCCCUGUCCUUGUGUGGCUGCUGCAAGUUGCGCGCUUGUGGAAAUUCAUUUGUGUGCAGUCUCUGCUGUGCAAAGUACACAGUGCAAAAUACAGUUCUCUUAGCUUAGUUCACACAGUUUGCCAUUAUUUCACCUUCUCACAUGAAAGCAUGUUAAAUGUAGUUUUGUUAUUAUUAUUAUUAUUUUUGUCUCCUCAGGAAGCCUCAUUAGUGAAGACGGCAAGCAAAGGAUCCUUAGGAAAAACAGAAAAGAGAAGAGUUCACCCUUAUACAGAGAAGCAGCUUAGACAGAGCAAGCAGAGCAUUGGGCAAACGCUAAAAGGCUUAGAGGACCUGGAUAUCCUGGUGGAGGUGCUGCAGGAAGACCUGAACAAAAGCCAGCUGAAGAAGGAAUCUCUGCAUGCUGUGCCCGAUGGCUUUUGGCAGAGCUACCCUGCAGAGCUGCAGGCCCCUUGGUGGGGAGCUGGAGGAAGCAAGCAGGCAGCUGGCAGCAUGCAGGAAAGGUGCCAAAGCUUCAUCAAGCCGCGUUCUCAUUGUUGCUUUACAGACUGCAGCUCGGCAUUGCAAGAGGAGGUAGAGAGCUCCUUUUGUGGUGGUCAGAAAGACACACAUGAGCCCGAUUCACCAGGAACAUUCUCAAGGACAAGGGAGAAAGACAGCAGCUGUUGGAUGCAGGGCAUGGGCAGCAGUGCCCAGAAGGACUGCUGGGCACAGAGUGCAUCUCCCUGCUUCGGCCCACCAGGAGCCCAUCCAGAGCCAUUUGUGGAGGCUGACAGUGACUCUUUGGGUUCCAGGGGAUGCUCGAGGCUGACUUCGAUUGCUUUCACGCAGCAGGAUCUCUCCGCCAUCUCUUUCUUCCAGUUCCAGCUACACAGGGAGGAAAGCUUGCUGAGGAGUAUUCCAGCAGACAAACUGCUUGCACCUGAUGAAAAUGGCAACAGGCUGCUGCACAAGGCUGUUGCUCAGGGAAGAAGAGCUCUGACUUACGCACUUGCACGGAGAUUUGCAUCCCUAAAUAAAAUUGAUGAGAAGGAUGCAGAGAAACGGACAGCGCUACAUCUUGCUGCAGAAAAGAACCAGCACCUGAUGGUCAGUGACCUUAUAUCCCUGGGGGCAAAUGUCAACGAGCAGGACGGGCUGGGGAAAACCCCACUCCACUUGUGUGCAGAGAAUGGAUACCUGCGGGUUUUAGAGGUUCUGAAAAACUGCAAGGACAGCGGGGUGUGUGUAGCAGUGAACCUGACGGACCACUGCGGUUUAACACCACUGCACUGUGCUGCUCUCGCCCACACCAUCUUAGCCAUGGAAUCUCAAAAAGCAGACAGCAACAGUGACUUGGGGAGGUUUCUCAAACUACGCAAGGACCAAAUUCUCGAGGGAAUUAACUGCUUAUUGCACAUGGGAGGAAAACUGGAGCUGCAGGUCCUACAUUCAUGUCAGGCUACUGCUCCCUAUUUAAAAAUUGAAGAGAACACUGAGCUGAUGUGUUUGCUCCAGAGUCAUAAACCCAAAGGACCGGACAUUCUUCAAGAGAGUAAUAGUUUGCUGGAAGCUCCAGGAGUGCCACGUCCCUCACCAGCAGAUAACUUCUCUGAACUUCUGUCCGUUUCACCUUUGGACUUUGUUGACAUCAUUCUUAAAGGGAAAUGCUGAUAAGGCUCAUUAUCUGCAUCUCGUGGUCCGUGCGCUGCAGCUGUUGCCGAAGAAUAGGCCAAGAACAGACAGUAAAAGUCUUCAAAAGUAUUACAGCUUGGACUGACUGUUGAAAAUAUCUCCUCAGUACCCAGCAUUAAAAAGUAAACUGUCCAGGGCAAAUCCUCAAGCCAGAUGACAACAGAAUUAGGCGCUCAGUGUUAGAUGCUCCAGUCAAUGAAUCGGUCUUAAUUUUCUUUCUGAGCGCUAGCACUGCUUUUUGGAGGUCCAUUGGAACCACAGGUGUUCUACUUUCCCAACAUCUGACUUUUUUUUAUGCAGCUGCCAAUGGUUAAGAGGAAAACCUUAGAUUUUAGCCCUUGAGAGCUUAGUCCUGAUGGUACCAAUGCAGUGUGAACUUGAUGGCACUGGAAAAAGGUAGUAACAAAAUCCACCCCUCCAAAAAAAAACAAAAAAAACCCAAAAACUGAAGCACAACACACAGCUACGCUGUUACUGAGCGUGUUUUUUCAACAAAAGUCGAGCUGAUUAUCUAUGCAAUCAGAAUUUGCCACCAGGAAUGGACUUGAGGUGAAGUCUGGGAUGUAAAGCAUUUUGAAUCAGUUUAUUUGUGAUGAUCUAACAGAGGAAUACAACCUUUAUAGAACGCGGGUCUGUAAGAAUACUUCACAGCAAUAAGCUGUUAUACCGAGCAGCUUUGCUUAACGUAUUUUCAACUGCCAGAUGCUGAAGUAUUCAACAUGAUUCCUAGAAAUAAGGUAAUUAAUAUAAAACAAAUUCUCUUCCCAGAUGUAAUAUCAUUUAAUUCUAAUUUCUGAUUGUGAAUUAGCUGGUUUCUAUGAAACUUCCCUGUUUGCUACGUAUGGAGCAAUCUACGUUUUCCUAGCUACAAAAUGAUUGAUCCAGCAAUCAACUCAUGAAUGUACCUCCCAUUGAAGUCAAUCGGGAGACUUUUCACGUCUAACAUUGCAGGAUCCAGCACUGAGUACUCAGCAUGCUUGGGGAACUGAUCUUUAAUGAUCCCUCUGAAUUUUCUCCUCAAAAAGUUUCUUUGAUUUCUUCUUGGAUAUCCCUAAGUGUUAAGCUCCAAGAGCUACAUUGCAUGACAUGAAGCAAGUUUUACUGACAAGUGACAGUGUUUAACUUAACUCCAGUGGGAUUUUGGCCCCAUCUUGUGUUCCUCCUGUUCUAACUGCUGAUCAGGGUUGCAUUCAUCAAUGUUCAUAUUCUUGGGUCUGAAUGAGACCUACAUCAAGAUUCUUAUGCGUAUCUUACAAUUCUGUGUUGCUAUUCACAUAAUGGUUUGCAAAGCACUGGAGGAUCCCAUCGGUGUUCUACGUGUUUUAAUCCUUUCCCCUUUUGGGUUUCACAUGGAAAUACAAAGAUUUUCCUCUUGUGCUUUGAGGUGAAGAUCCCCACUAUUACCCCUCCAUUACCACUCAUUCCUCCUUCGUGUUGGCAUUUUAACUCACAUCUGAGCUCACAGCCUUUUCUCAUGUGAAGAGAAUUAAUGAGGAUCUUCUAAGUGGUUCAGCUUCCAUCGGUGGGAUUUAAGGAUCAGACCCCACACUCACUGAAACUGAAGAACUCUCAUGUUAAGUGAAGAAUGAAGCUGUACAGUGAACACAGAAGAACAUCAAUAAGCAUUAUUAUCAAUAACAAUUCUUUUAAUGGGAUAUCUUUAAAAGGUGUAGAAAUCUACUGUAUAAGAAUUCAGCUUUAAUCAAGGAGGACAGGAGCCUUAACCUAUCAUUUAUUCAACACAUGCUAAACUGAACUAGCCUAUGAAAUAUAUUCUAUGAGUUAUAUCUUAAUUGCAUUACCAUUAGUAGGCGUGCUUUACGUUGCUUCAUUGUUCCUUCCUGUCAAUAAAUACGUGAUUUCAUGCUGAA